AUGCUCAAACACCGUUUCCCUCGCGCGGCUAAGACCAGUGUAGGACUAGUCACAUCCAAUCAGUUGGCAGCACAAUUGCUGGCAGUAGAAGACAAUGUAGAGGUAGCAGUAAGAGCCCUAUUUCAUCACGCACUCUCAGCCCUCUGCGACCGGACCAAUCUCCUAGCCCUCGCUAUUCACGCUUCUUUAGCCAACGAUCCUACUUUCACAAUACGUAACUUACUGGGCCGUCAAGACGUUGCAGCUACGCAUUUAGGGAAUGAUCUCGUACAAAUCCACAGAUGUCUUGCAAUUCCACCCAGCCAUUACGCCAUUUCCCCGUUCAACGGUACUUGUUUCUCCAAGCCCAUCGUUCAAAUAUCCCUCAAUAGCGGUACUUCUCUGCAAGCAUUCAUUGAUCCGUUCACUCGUGUUAUUUCUUACGAAACUCCAGUGGUACAAUGCUCAUCGGUUCCGCAGUUCUUCUUCGUUCACGAUUCACAGUACUCCGAAUUUGAUCCCUUUUCUGGGCACUUUCGCUCGUUACCAGACGUUCAAACUAUCACUACUCCACCCCAUCUCAAUACGUCCUUUCUGGCCCUUCCGCUAACAAUCUUUCACAACCUGGUACUCACUAAUCUCUCGGAGCUUACGCAAGACUAUCAACUGCAUGAGCUUUGGACAGCUGUUAACCAAGAGCGACUUCUCCAUUUGGACAAAUCUCUAGCCUCCAAUCCUGCUUACACAUCUUACACCGAAGAACCUUCUCACUUUUCGAUAACAGCCCUUCUCUUCGGGUCCUGGUCUCUUUUCGACGUUUGGAUUGCCACAUGUUCCUUUGUGGUUUCCUUUGGCAUAUUGAAGACUCUUUUAUUAGUAUACUGCAAUGUCGCCUACCCGGGCUGGCAGCCCCGACUUCGUAACAUUCUUAAAGCCGCGAGCAUUCCAACUAACCAAGUCUCACUACCGUAUGCUCCAACCCGAAUUGGAAAUAGUGGGAGCGAACAGCGAAAUCCUCCUUCAGCACUCGAACAAGUAGAAUUAGCCCACGUUGCGAUCGAUGCUAAAUCAGUAUGGCCCCCUCGAGCCACCCUAGCGCCUAUUAACGUUCUUGUAUUUGACAAUAUGCAGCGUUUCUUUAUAGCGCAAAUCCCCAUUAAAGUCAACGAUGUCAGCAUACUAGCCUUAGUGGAUACGGGUGCCGCAAUCACAGUAACUUCUCGCGCUACAGCCCCGUUACUAGGUGUUUUCAACUUCAAUAAAAGCGAUGUACCCUCUGCAGUCGGUAUGGCAGGCAUUCCAAUAAAACUCCUUGGCGUGGCACACCUUCGCUUUCAAAUUGGCUCAUUCACUUUUCAUCAUCCGGUUUACUUCACCGAGUCUUCAUGCGUUCCCCAAUCCGUGGAAUCGUAUAAUAUCAUUAUGGGCAACGAUCUAUUGUCUAGACUUCCCCCGUGGAGUAUCGAUUAUAGUAGCAAAACUUUUUCCUUAGCCGAUCAGCAGGUAAGCAUUCUCUGCUCUUCGCUCUCAUCGUCCCAAUCUACUGUUAACGAUGGCCCGAUUCCAGUACGCGUUGCAGAGACUACGGUGCUCCCACCGCAGGUCGAGACCUUCGUCCCCUGUGAAAGUACCGCACCUUGCGAUCAGCUUGUUCUGACAUCUCAGGCCGAUCCGCUUACCGCUAAAUCACUCAUGGUCAGCCCGGCAGUCAUAAAUACGGGUAAAGCUCAGGUCCUCGUUGCCAACCCUAACUCUUCAUUUAUAACUCUUUAUAAAGGUCAACAGAUAUCCCUAGCGUCUGCGAUGCACAAUCAAAACGGGUACCAAUAUGACACGCAAUGUUCCUAG